UUGUACAACUCUAUGACUGUCAUAAUCAACAACAACAAAUAAAUAACACAAAAAUGAUAAAUAUUAGCCGUUUAUUAAUGAAAAGACCCUUUGUACAAUUACAAAAUAAAAUGAGUACUAUUGGUGAACAUAAAGGACCUGUAGCGGAAGCCAUUUCCAUGGCCAUAACAGAAAACUUACAACCGGUGCACUUGGAAGUGAUAAAUGAAUCCUACAUGCAUAAUGUGCCUAAAGGAGCUGAAACACAUUUUAAAGUUUUAAUAGUUUCGGAAAAGUUUGAAGAUCUACCAUUGAUAAAGAGACAUCGUUUGGUUAAUCAAGUGGUUAAGGAAAAGUUAGACGAUCUUUUUCCACAUGCCUUAUCUAUAGAAGCCAAAACACCCAAACAAUGGCAGCCUUCAUAUACCGUAGAACCCAGUCCCAACUGCAGAGGAGGUUUUGGCAAAUAGAUAAAAGAAAAUGCUGUUUCCAAUUUUCCCAUAUGUUUUGUUAAUUCUAUUAAUUAAAUCUUACAUAAAAUAAAUGUAACGUUAACAAAUUAUUCUAAAUAUA